AUGCCUCACAUUUCUGGUUCGCAGUUGAACGUCGGUGGGUGGUGGGUGGGCGAAACCCGUGCCAAGAAAGCGGGGUCUGGACGCCCUCGAGUGUUUUGGGUGAGAACAGAGGGGCUCUUUCUCUACCAUCUCCUUCUCUUGUAAUUUCUAUCUCUAUCGUCGUCACGUUAGGCCAGUUCCCCGCACAUGGCGCCCUUCGGAUGGGAGCCGGAAGCGACGACAGGAAGGAAGAGCUGACGCUUACCCUCUUUCCUCUCUCCUUGCCAGAACUGCGCGUGCGCCCUAAGGCCGCGGGACGAGGUGCUUUGCCGUUGGGAGAGGCAAAAAAAAGAAAAAGGAAAAAAGAAAGGAAGCGUAAAGACGCGCGUCGUCCUCGCUCGCGCAGCGCGCGGCGGCUGCUGA